GUGAGAGCACUUCACGCCUCUCUGCUGAGAGCAUUAUACAUUAGACGGUUCAUAAAACAUGAAGAUCAGUUAGGUCACCUGCAUCAAAGGAAACUCAAAAGAGAUUUGUAUGCCGCUUUUUUUUCUUCAUCAUAACAAAAGACGGGCAACGCAAAGAAUCACCACAGACUUUUAAAUGGAUUACAAAGUGACUGUGGCCACAGGCACCUCGGAGUACUCUGGGACAAACAACUAUAUUUACAUCACGCUGGUGGGAGGAAGAGGAACGAGUGACAAGACCGUCCUCGACAACCCAGGGUUGGACUUCUGCCGUGGGGCUGUGGAUCAGUACACAGUCAAGGCCUCGGCUUCGCUCGGCCAGAUACUGCUGGUCCGCCUUGAGAAGCAGCGGUACUUUGUGGAGGACAACUGGUUCUGUCGUUAUGUGACCGUGGAGGACCCAGAGGGUGGAGGGACGUUGUACUUCCCGUGUUAUCGUUGGCUGGUGGGCGAUGUGAAAGUGGAGCUGCGGGAGGGCACGGCCAAGAGGCGACAGGACGAUUCUGAGGCCAAACUUCUGGCACAUAGAAAUGCAGAAGUGAAAGACCGCCAGAAGAUAUACAGAUGGCAAGCUUGGGCCACCGGCAUUCCUAAAUGUAUAGAUGCAAAAUCAGAGGCUGACCUCCCACAAGACGCUCGUUUUGACAAUGAGAAGCGCAGCGACUUCGAGGGGUCACUGCAUUACGCACUUCUGGAAUUGUCGCUGAAGAAACUAGCUAUUAAAUUUGGGAAGUCCUGGAGUGAUCUUGAUGACUUCAAGCGCAUAUUUUGGAAACUGAAGAGUCCCAUCUCUGAGUACACCAUGGAACACUGGAGAGAGGACUGGUUCUUUGGCUACCAGUUUUUAAACGGUUCAAACCCACGAAUGAUAAAACAGAUCCGGGAAAUACCAUCCAACUUCCAUAUCACCGGAGACAUGGUGCAGGCCUUUCUGAAGCCACAGACCACACUGGAGAAAGAACUGAAGGCAGGCAACAUAUAUCUUGUGGACCACUGCAUUUUGGAUGAAGUUCCAACCAACGUCAUUAAGAACCAAAAGCAGCACCUAGCAGCUCCCCUCUGUCUGUUGUAUGAGCACCCAGAGCACCACCUCAUCCCCAUUGCCAUCCAGCUUGAACAGAGGCCUGAGAAGCACACUCCCAUCUUCUUGCCUAAUGACCCUCCGCUGGCCUGGCUGCUGGCGAAGAUCUGGGUCCGCCAUGCAGAGUUCCAGAUCUUCCAGGUGCUGUCUCACCUGCUGAGGACCCACCUGGUGGUGGAGGUGUUCUGUGUCGCCACGCUGAGACAGCUUCCUGCAGUCCAUCCACUUUACAAGCUGUUGACUCCCCAUUUGAGAUACACUCUAGAAAUCAACUGCAGAGGCCGCAGCCAGCUCAUCUCAGCAGACGGCAUCUUUAAACGGGUUGUGUCUACGGGUGGGGAAGGGUUGUUGGUUCUAGCCCAGCGAGAGUACAAGGUUCUCACCUACCGCUCACUGCAGCCUCUCUACGACUUUACGGAUCGCGGCGUGACCAAGCUGAAAGAUUACCACUACAGAGACCACAGCCUGAUGCUCUGGGAUUGCAUACACAAAUAUGUCACAGGGAUGGUUUCUUUGUACUAUGUAACUGACAGUGAUGUGAUGGAGGAUCCUGAACUGCAGGCUUGGAUAAAGGAUGUUGCUGAGGAGGGCUUUGUGGAUUUGCCCCAUUUUGGUUUGCCAGGGGAGCUGAAGAGCAAACAGGAGCUUAUCACUUUACUCUCAGUUGUGGUUUUCACCAGCACAGCACAACAUGCAGCCACCAACAAUGGUCAGUUUGAUUGGUGUGCCUGGGUGCCAAACACUCCAUGUACCAUGCGGAUGCCCCCACCAGAGGACAAGGAUGCCAUUACCAUGGAGCUCAUCAUGGACAGCCUCCCAGAUAUCAGCCAAUCGUGUGUGGAGUUGGCCAUCACGUGGCACCUUGGCCGUAGGCAGCCUGAUGCGAUUCCAAUUGGGCAGUACGUGGAAGAAUACUUCACAGAGCCCAAAGCCAAGGAGCUAAUCACAGCAUUCCAGAAAGAUCUGAAGAGUGUGGAUGAGAAGAUCCGUGAGCAAAAUGAGGGUGCAGAGCUGCCGUAUCUAUACCUCUGCCCCAGCGAAGUAGAGAAUAGCAUCACUAUAUAGGAGAAGAGUGGAAUGGAAAUACUGUAUAUAGCACAGGAGGCAACAGCCAAUAAUCUGUUCCUCUGGUAACAUCAUGGGAAAAUAUUUCCAACAUCUUCUGCUAACUAAACUGAUCCUCACUAUUUACUAUGACUGUAAAUCAUGUUUAAUUGUGUAGAUGCAAAAUAGCCUGUAGUGCACUUCUUUUCUCAGAUAUGCAAUGAAAUUUGAAUGUAUGUACAUACAACCCCUAUUAUUUUGCAUAAGUUACUCUGGGGGAAAUAUUUCAUUAUCAAAAGCAGUUACACACACACACACACACACACACACACACACACACA